CUCUCUCUCUCUCUCUAUCUCUACAUCUCUCAAGAGUCUUCCCCCCCUCUCUGUCUGAACUCGGUGCAGCUGCGAUCUCAAAUUCACUUACAUACGCCGAUCUCCGGAGGCUGCUUUCUCCUCGCACUGCAUCUUCUUCACGCGCGCCGCAUUUCGUCCAUUCCGCUCCGUUCAUUUCCGCGCUACUUUAAACCUCUGUUUCAGUUCAUCUGUGUACGUAUACUGGAGCAAGCUGAGGGAAACACAGAGAGAGAGAGAGAGAGAGAGAGAGAGAGAGAGAGAGAGAGAGAGAGAAGGAGGGAGGCAUUUUCGGUGGUUUUAGUACAUUGAGUUCCCCCUCUGUUGAUGCGGUUGGUGGAUCUGCCUGAUUUCGCUCUACUUAAUGAGGGUUCUAUGAUAUGAUUGAAGAACUUAAAAGGAUAUGAAAGAGCAUAAACUGUUUAAGAUAGCAAUUCAGAUAAAUUCUAGACCGUUUGGGCCAUUUUUGGUGUAAAUGACAUCUGGCAUGCCACCCGUAAUGGCUCAAAGUCUUAGAUCCGGUAGGUCUUCUUUCACCAGUGGUAAUGGAUAUGAAUCUCCUUCAUUCAACUCUAUUGCCUCACAUGGGGAUGAUUAUGACAGUGAUGGUUCCAAUUUUGCACCCCCUACACCGACAACAUUGUCAAUGGCUAUUCCAGCAGAACUUGCUGGUGCUGUACCCUUGAUUGAUAAAUUCCAGGUGGAGGGGUUCCUAAGGGCAAUGCAGAAGCAGAUUCAGUCUGCAGGAAAACGUGGGUUUUUUUCUAAAAAAUCUGUGGGCUCCCAGAUGAGGGAAAAAUUCACGUUUGAGGAUAUGUUGUGCUUCCAAAAGGAUCCUAUACCAACUUCCAUCCUAAAGAUAAAUAGUGAUCUUGUAAGUCGGGCUGUAAAGUUGUUUCAGAUCAUUUUGAAGUACAUGGGUAUUGAUUUAUCUGAUCGAGUGACUCCAACAAGCUUAGAGGAACGUAUUGAGCUUGCUGGGAAACUAUAUAAGCAGGCUCUGAAACAUACUGAGCUUCGAGAUGAACUUUUUGUACAAAUAUCCAAGCAGACAAGGAAUAAUCCGGAAAGGCAAUAUUUAAUCAGGGCAUGGGAGCUUAUGUAUCUAUGUGCUUCCUGCAUGCCCCCUAGCAAGGAGAUUGGUGGAUAUUUAUCAGAAUAUGUUCAUAAUGUGGCACAUGGUGUGAAUACUGAUCCAGAUAUUGAAGUCCUUGCCUUGAACACAUUACAUGCAUUAAAGCAUUCUGUAAAAGCUGGACCUAGGCAUACAAUACCAUGUCGUGAGGAUAUUGAGGCUCUUCUGAUUGGUAAAAAGCUGACAACUAUUGUGUUUUUCUUGGAUGAAACUUUUGAAGAAAUUACCUAUGGCAUGACAACAACUGUAGCUGAUGCUGUUGAGGAGCUUUCAGGGAUUAUUAAAUUGUCAGCAUAUUCUAGCUUCAGUCUGUUUGAGUGCCGAAAGGUUGUUGCUGGUUCUAAAUCACCUGAUCCUGGCAAUGAGGAGUACAUUGGUUUGGAUGAUAAUAAAUACAUUGGGGACCUGCUAUCUGAAUUUAAAGCUGCAAAGGACCGAAGUAAAGGAGAAAUCUUGCACUGCAAAUUGACAUUUAAAAAGAAGUUAUUUCGGGAGUCAGAUGAAGCGAUAGGAGAUCCAAUGUUUGUCCAGUUAUCUUAUGUUCAAUUGCAACAUGAUUAUAUAUUGGGAAAUUAUCCUGUUGGAAGGGAUGAUGCUGCACAGCUUUCUGCUCUACAAAUUUUGGUUGAAAUUGGAUUUAUUGUUAGCCCUGAAUCGUGCAGUGACUGGACAUCACUUUUGGAGCAGUUCUUACCAAGGCAGAUUGCAAUAACCCGGGGAAAGCGGGAAUGGGAGUUGGAUAUUCUCUCUCGAUAUCGUUCAAUGGAAAAUCUAACGAAAGAUGAUGCCAGACAACAAUUCUUGCGGAUUUUGCGAACACUUCCUUAUGGAUAUUCAGUUUUCUUUAGUGUUCGCAAGAUUGAUGAUCCCAUUGGUCUUCUGCCUGGGAGGAUUAUAUUGGGAAUUAAUAAACGCGGGGUCCAUUUUUUCCGUCCAGUUCCAAAAGAAUAUCUACAUUCUGCCGAGUUAAGAGAUAUCAUGCAGUUUGGAAGUAGCAAUACUGCUGUAUUUUUCAAAAUGAGAGUGGCUGGGGUCUUGCAUAUCUUUCAGUUUGAAACUAAGCAGGGAGAGGAAAUUUGUGUUGCCCUUCAAACACAUAUAAAUGAUGUCAUGCUACGCCGCUACUCUAAAGCUAGAUCUGCUGCUACUGGGUCUAUAAAUGGAGAUUUGUCCACUAAUUCUAAGCCUACCAGUGUGGAUGUUUAUGAAAAGCGCAUCCAAGAUUUGUCAAAAGCUCUUGAAGACUCACAAAAGAAUGCUAAUCAAUUUUUGGAAGAACUACAUGAAAAACAAAAGCAAGAGGCAAGACUGCAAGAAGACCAGGAGGGCUUGAAAGGUAUUCUGAGAUCUGAGAAGAAAAAUUUAGCUGAAGUUACUUGUGACCGUGACAAGCUCAAAUCUUUGUGUGAUGAAAAAGAUUCAACACUUAAGGCUGUUUUGUUGGAGAAGCACAGCGUGGAAGCAAAGCUGUCAAAGCUUAGCAUUCCAGCAGCGGAUAAAAGUGCCAAAAAGGAGCUACUUGAAGCAAAUAACCUGGUGGUACAAAAGAUUCAAAAUGAAUUAAAACUGCGCACUGCCGAGUUGCAUGCAGCUGAAGAAACUGCAAAAAGGCUGGUGAAUGAAAAAAUCUCAGUAGAAGAAAGAAUUUUUAUGCUUGAAAAGAAGAAAGCUGAGGAGAUGCGGGUCCUUGAGAAAAAAUUUGAACAAGAGCGCAAGGCUUUAGGGCUUCGAGUGUCUGAGCUUGAAAAGAAGCUUGAAGAGGUUACACAUGAGUUGGAUGUGUCAGAGUCAAACCUUGCAGUCAAAGAUACAGAACUGUCCACUUUGCAAAAUAAUUUCAGGGAACUUGAGGAACUAAGAGAAAUGAAAGAGGACAUUGACAGAAAGAAUGAGCAGACUGCUGCUCUCUUGAAGAUGCAGGGGGUUCAAUUGGCUGAGCUAGAAGCACUUUAUAGAGAAGAACAAGUUUUGAGGAAACGAUAUUUUAAUACAAUAGAAGAUAUGAAAGGAAAGAUCAGAGUCUUUUGUCGAUUAAGGCCUCUUAGUGAAAAGGAGAUCACUGAUAAAGAAAAACAUGUGCUUACAAGUCUGGAUGAGUUCACAGUCGAACAUCAAUGGAAAGAUGAUAUAAAGCAACAUUUGUAUGACCGUGUUUUUGAUGGAAAUGCCACCCAAGAUGAUGUAUUUGAAGACACAAGGUAUUUGGUACAAUCUGCUGUGGAUGGAUAUAAUGUGUGCAUAUUUGCAUACGGCCAAACUGGUUCUGGGAAGACAUUUACAAUUUAUGGCUCUGAGAACAACCCUGGACUUACACCACUGGCUACUUCUGAACUUUUUAAAAUUCUGAAGCGUGAUAGUAACAAAUUUUCAUUCUCCUUAAAGGUAUACAUGGUGGAGUUAUAUCAAGAUACACUGGUCGAUCUUUUAUUACCGAAGAAUGCCAAGCGUUUAAAACUGGAUAUAAGAAAGGAUUCAAAGGGCAUGGUAUCUAUAGAGAAUGUUACCAUUUUAUCUAUUACAACAUAUGAGGAAUUAAAAACGAUCAUACAGCGAGGAUCUGAACAGCGUCAUACAACUGGAACUUUAAUGAAUGAACAGAGUUCAAGAUCCCAUCUGAUACUUUCCAUUAUUAUUGAAAGCACCAAUCUUCAAACCCAAUCCAUUGCAAGAGGAAAGCUAAGCUUUGUGGAUCUUGCUGGCUCUGAGAGAGUAAAAAAGUCAGGCUCCUCUGGUAGUCAGUUGAAAGAAGCUCAAAGCAUCAAUAAGUCACUUUCAGCACUUGGAGACGUUAUUAGUGCUCUAUCUUCUGGAAGUCAGCACAUACCUUACAGGAAUCACAAAUUGACAAUGUUGAUGAGCGAUUCACUUGGUGGCAAUGCUAAAACAUUGAUGUUUGUCAACAUAUCUCCGGCUGAGUCAAACUUGGAUGAGACGUACAAUUCUCUAAUGUAUGCAUCAAGAGUACGAUCCAUUGUAAAUGAUCCAAGCAAAAAUGUGUCCUCGAAGGAGGUAGCCCGUUUGAAGAAGUUGGUGGCAUAUUGGAAAGAGCAGGCAGGUAGGAAGGGGGAGGAUGAAGAUUUAGAAGAGAUCCAAGAGGAACGAUCAAGUAGAGAGAAGACAGAUGGUCGCCAUUCUAUGUAGAGUAUACAUAUAUAUUUAGGGAACUCUGAGGAAGUGUUGCUGAUUGCCAACCUGGUGACAAACGCAUUGACGGAUCUGGCAGCAUCGGCCACAUUGCUUAGGAACUUGUAUUGUACCAACUACUUGUUGAAUUAUUGAUGUAUCGAUGAUGUCCAUUUUCUUUUCUCAUGAAAUUUUGCUGAGGCCGGAGGUGGAGUGAGCUAUGCAAGGGCCAAGAGAAAUGAAUUUGUAAGUACAGCUCUGCAUGUAUAUAUAGAUCUUAUACUUUCUGUUUAGGACUUGAUUAAUGAAGAAUCCAGUUAUAUUUGAUUUGUACAAAG